AUGUCAAAAAUAGCAUAACAAAAUCGAUCAAGAUCUCAAUCAGAUAGAAAGCAUUUGAAGGGAGAGACUGAUGAUUAGAUUGAUUCUAAUCUUGAAAUUCUUUAACUUUGCAAGGAGCUUGAAGACCUGGGUGAGAUUAAAUCAUUUUAAUUUUGUAGUGGUAAAUCCUGGCUGCUAUAUUAAUAUAUCUUAUCAAAAUUUGCUGAGGAUUUAUUCACAUCUGAUGAUAAGGAAAAUAAAAAGCAAAUCAUAAUCUCUGCAUUUGAAAUAACUUUCAACAAGCAGUCUAAUGUUGAGAAAAAGUCAAAUCUCAUUAUCCCUCCUUAAUUAGACUAAUCUUUGAAGAAUAAAACUCCAGCAACAAGGAUUAGAGUACAGAAUAUUGAGCAGUUUGAAUAUGCUAUUCAGCAUAUUCAAAGAAAUUCGAUGAAUUUCGAUGAAAAUGGAAAUCCUUAAUCCAAUCAGUCACAUCUCUUCAUCAAAAUUCAUAUCCACCAAGAUGGAAGAGUUUAAACAUUAUCUAUUGUCGACAUGGCUGGCCUUCCGUUGAAAGAUAAGCAAGUUUACUUUGAGAGAAAUGAAAUAAAUGCUUCUAAUAAUUAUCUGCACUACAUAAUGAAACAGAUGUCUUACCACAGCAAUAUUAUUGGAGGAAACAAUGUUAAAAAUCCUCAACUAAACAAGAAUUCAAAAAUAUUUAAAGAGCUAGAUUCGAUUUUAAAUGGAAAUUCAAAGAUUAAUCUCCUUUAUAUUAAAACUGAUGAAGUUGAUGAAGAAUGCCACUUAAAAUGCGAUAAAUUUAUAUAAAAACUCCAUAACAUAAGAGUCCCACUUAUCAAAUAAAAAAAGUAGAAGACCAACUAAUUAAACUAUAUUGAGUGUCAUAAACUUAUUGAAGAGUUCGAAAAGUAAAAGCAAUGUUAAGAAAUUAAAUAAACUCAGCUAUAAUAAAGCAUUGUAAAUAAUCGAAAGAAAUGGGAGAAGACAAAGAAAGAAAUUUAAAACAAGCAAACACCUGUUAAAACAUAGCCUAAAAUACUGCAUAAAUUUGAGCCUGUCGAAGAAAAGCCAGAGGAGCCACUUCAAAAAUUACCGUCACCAGCUAAGAAGACUAUUGAUUUGACUUGUAUUAUGAGAGAAUAACCUGUAGUCUCAGAGCAUUCAUUUGCAAGAGAUAUGCAAAUAUAGGAUCAGCAGAACUAUUUCUAAAGAUUUGAGUAGCCAACUAUUCUAAUAACCUAGAAUACCCAAGAUCAUAAUGAUGAAGCAACCAUAAAAAAAUCUAUGCUUAAGAGUGAAAUAUCUGAAAUUAUGAAACUAAUUGAAAACAAUAACUAAGCACCUGCAUAGGAGUCAUUUAAGAUCAAUAACAAUAACUCAUUUAUUAAGAUCUAAGAAAACAGCAUGACUUAAUACUAGUUUGGUAAGAUCUAGGCAAAGGUAAAUGAUGUGGAUGAGUAGGUUCAUAUGAUCAUGAUCAGAGCUGAUUAAAUACUAGGAUCUCAACUUAAGCAAGACAAAAAUGAGAUAAGCAAUCUUAUAAAGCAUAUUGAUUUGGUUCAAAAUGAGCUGCAUAUUAUUGUGGAAGAAGCUUGCAACUCAGGUUAAUUCUAGACCUUCAAAUAGCAGUUCUAAGAACUAGAUCAGAUUCUGGCUGAGAUCAAAGAUCAGCUGAUUAAUAUCAAUAUGACUCUGAUAAUUAAUCAAUCCACUAAUCAGAUGAAGAAAGGAUAGAGGGAGGAUUAUAGUAGAAGUAUAGAUUAUGGCAUUAUCUAGAAAAAUCUUAUCAGUAUUCAUGAGAAAUUUUAUCUUAAACUUGAAAGUUUGGUCAAUACAGUAGAGGGUAGUAAACUAGCAUUAUCCAAAGCUUCAUCUUCUUAAUUAUAGAAAAUUGAAAGCCAAAUAAACAUCCUUAGUGAUUUAUUAGUGGUUGAUAAUUUUAAUAGAAAUGCUAUUGACCAAGUUACUGAUAUGAUGAAUAAUCUGUAUGAUGAUUUAGUGUAGAUAUUUGGUAAAAGUGAUUCAGACAUAAGAUAAAUUAAUAAAAUGCUUAGAGAUGCUAUUGUUGAGUAAUCUUCUGUUAUAUGA